AUGGCGUACCAAAAGAAGUACUUCUUGGGCCGCUAUGUCUGCCGCACCACCAUCCCAUGCCCGAACUGCUCUCUCGGUAGCAGCAAGACCCGAGAGCCUCAUAGAGAGAGAGUACCUGCACACAUCAAGGCGCUAGACAACAUGGCAUGGGAGUUUUCAGGCGAGAUAGUAUCAUUUUUCGCGACUGGGCUGGAAGUCAACGGUGCCGGGUCAUCUUCAACAGUCGUUGGGGCCUCGGCGACGAUAUCUUGCCUUCGCACAAACAUCUUUGCCUUGCUGGCUCGGUUGCGACUGACGUGCAUGGCAAUCUCCAAUGGCCCAGUUUUGGCCAAGGCUCUCUCAGCUCUCCACCAGCAACAGCUCCGGCUCCGAAGUAUGGUUCCCCGGCACCUCUUCGUCGAAUCCCGCAUUGCGCUAUCAUCCCUGUGCACUAGGGUCGGCCUGCUUCUCAAAGCCCCGACCUCUUACGAAUAG